CAAUAGUAGGAAAAAAAACGUUCGGUAUCUCGAACCUCCGUUAUCUCGAACUUUCACUAUCUCGAACUUUUUUCUCAGUCCCUUGGACUGAUUUACGCUCGUUAUCUCGAACUCUUGAAGAGGAAUUUUGAAAAAAGAAGACCUUGCACUGCUUGUUUUAAAGUCACAAAAUGUUGCAAUAAAAAGAAGACAUUCCAUUGUAAAACAGGUAGAUUUUGCAAUGUUUUUUUUGUGAUUUGUCAGAAUGCCACCGAAAAGAAAGCUCGUUGUAAAAACUUUGGCAGAAAAAUGCCAAGCAUUAAAAGAAUUGGAAAAAGGUAUUCCAAAUAAAGAUAUCGCUAAAAAGUACGGGGUGCCUAAAAACACGAUAUCAACUUGGCUAGCCAAUAAGGAAAAACUUUUUUCUGCUCUCGAAAAAUCUUCGAGCAAGAAAAGAAAGAUCAGAGAUGGUAAAUUCUCAGAAGUAGAUCUUGUCGUGUUCAAAUGGUUUGUUUCACAACGAAGCAAAAACAUACCAAUCGAUGGGACAAUACUAAAGGAGAAAGCUAAAAGCUAUGCACAGGAGCUUGGAGUAGAAGAUUUCAAAGCUUCAGACGGUUGGCUUGGUAAAUGGAAAAAAAGGUAAGAAUAUUAAAUCUCUUUUUUUCGAAUUGGUUUUAUUUUGAUAUUAAAAUCUUAAAAAGACUAACAUAAACUAAAUAUGUUUCUUGAGUAUCUCGAUGCACUUUUCCGUUCCAAUAAAUGUCAAAUUGCAUGGCACUUGCAUGCCUUCACCAUCUCCCAAAUUAACUGGUUUUCCAGUCACAGUUACUUUGCACGAGCCUAAUUCAUCAGCUCUGAGGAAAUAAAAUAUUGUUUUAGCAAAUUUUCCAGAUUUUCCAAGUGGUAAAUGUCCAACUAUCUUGUUUUCUUUCUUGACACACACAGCAUAUUUGUCAACGGGAUUAUUAGGCUCUCCUUCGCAUUGUAAAGUCUCCCCAUUUUUUGGAGUCCACAAUGCUUUAUAAACGUGGAAGCCCUUAACAUGUGAAGCCAAUUCAAAUUCUUUUAUCAUUAAAACAUUGAUUAAUUUUGAUCAAUUAUCAUUUUUGCAAGAUCCAUCUUCUCCUUUUUCUCCUGGUUUGCUUUUCCUUGUUGCCAUGCACAAGUAAUAAUGAUAAUGUUCACAGGGUGUUCACACAAGAAUUUUUAAAAACAUUCGAAUUGAAAUUCGAACAUUCGUAUUCGCAAAA